AAAAAGAAAAAGAAAAUAAGGCUUUGGCCUUCUCUCUCGCUCUGGAUGAGCAGCGAGCUCUGAUUUUUUCUUAAGCUCCCUCCACUCUCCCGCUUCACCCUUCUUUUCGGAACCAGGAAUUCUGUGCAGCGACACUUGAAAUUCGAAGUUCUUCAUCUUCUUCAUUCGAAAGCUAUGGUCGCCGUGAUGGCGGCUGUUGAUUCAAAGGAGAGGCUCUCUCGUCUGAUUAACUCAACCAAGAUUGCUGCAGAUAUUCCUUCCAAGCUUGCUCGUUUGCGUCAAUUAAAGAAUGAUUUGCCGCCGGAAGAUCCUGUUUUACUUACUGAGCUCCUCCCUCGUAUCCUUGAGCUACAGUCUGACCGCUUCAGCCCCAUCCGCAAGUUUGUCACAGAGAUGAUUGGUGAAAUUGGAUUCAAGCACAUCGACUUGUUGCCUCAAAUUGUACCAUUAUUGAUAACAGUUUUGACUGAUGAUACUCCAGCUGUUGUUCGGCAAUCCAUUACUUGUGCCAUUGAUUUAUUUCGCAUUUGUCUUGUAAAAAUUGCGAUGAAGGGUCUGUAUUCUAGCGUGAUAGACAAUUCACUUCAAUCAUUGUGGACAUGGAUGUUAAAGUUCAGGGAAGAGAUAUAUUCAAUAGCCGUUCAUGGAAAUGGUGGAAUGAGUUUGCUAGCUCUCAAGUUUGUCGUAGAAGUAAUUUUACUUUACACACCUGACCCCAAUGGCUCUUCAGAGCCUCCUGCUACUGCAGAAAAUUCUGUCUAUUUUAAUAUAUCGUGGCUUCGUGGAGGUCAUCCUAUACUCAAAAUUAGAGACUUAUCAACUGAAGCCAGUCAAAGUUUGGGUUUGUUGCUCGAUCAGCUCAGAUUCCCAAAAGUGAAAUCUCUCAAUAAUGCAAAGAUCAUUGUGCUCAUUAAUAGUCUUUCAACAAUUGCAAACAAGAGGCCUGCUUUUUAUGGCCGAAUUUUGCCUGUCUUGCUUGGUCUGGACCGGUCAGGCACUAUCUUCAAUGGGUUGCAUGCUCCUGGUGUACAUUAUGCCUUAAAGAAUUCAUUUCUCAACUGCUUGAAGUGUACCCAUCCAGGUGCUUUACCGUGGCGGGAUCCUCUAAUUGGUGCCCUGAGAGAGAUGAAAGUCGGGGGAGUGGCUGAGCCAACCCUUCAUCAAGAUUCAACAGUUAAUGGAUCUGUAAAGGAGGAGCUGAGCGAUGGCCAUUUUACCAAGGAUGAUAAGGCUACUGUUCAAAGAAUUCCUGAUAUUAUGCAUAAUACUUUGGGGAGGAAGAGGUCUGGUGAACCAGACACCUGUGAUUUGAAAGAGGAUGGAAAUGGAUCUGGAAAACGUGCCAGACCAACACCUAAGGUCUCGGAGUCUGAGGAAUCAUUUAAAGAAAUGGAGAGUACUGUUAAGCCUGAACAAGAUACAUCAUCAAGUGGAACAUCUUCAGCAGGAGAAUUGGAUACCGGACCAGCGCACCAACUUGUAGCCAUGUUUGGUGCCUUAGUUGCUCAAGGAGAAAAAGCUAUUGGGUCCUUACAGAUCCUUAUCUCUAGUAUUUCUGCUGACUUGCUUGCUGAGGUUGUCAUUGCUAAUAUGCGUUUCCUUCCUCCUCAUCAGCCUGAUGCAGGAGAUGGAGAACUUCUGCAGAAUAUGUGUAUAAGUGGUAGUGAUGCUCAAGUCAAAUAUCCGUCAUCAUUUGUAGCUGAUGUUCUUUCAUUAUCUAGCACCUUUCCACCGAUUGCAUCAUUGUUGGAUUCUUCUAGGUCAUUAUCUGAUGACACGAAGCCUCAAGAGGGAGGAGACCAUCAUGCAGUUCCUAUUAUUGACAGUGCUGGGACAAAUGAUGAUUCUGAAAAUGCUAUAACGCCAACUAGUUUACCUGUUUCCAAAGCAUCUAUAUCUGAAGCGGAAGAAGUUUGUUCAAUCAUUCCAUCUAGUAUACAUGAUGUGGCCAAUUUAGAGAGUGGGAUACCUGGGCUCGAUUCUUCUGUUCAAAGUGAUGGGUCAUCAGAUCAUGUUGUUACUCCCUCGCUUGCAUCAUCUGGUUUUGACGAUUCUAAUCAAGAGAACAUUUCAACUUUGGAACUAAGCUCCUCCUUGAAAUUAUCAGUUUCUAGAGAAAAAUCAGAGGAGCUUAGUCCAAAGGCAGUUGUUUCAGAUGUCAACAGCUUGGCCUCUUCAACUGCAACUUCUGCGGGGUUGUCUUCUCAGUUGGUCUUGCCCAAGAUGUCAGCACCUGUUGUUGACCUUGUAGAUGAAGAGAAGGAUGAAUUACUAAGACUGGCAUUUGUGCACAUUGUUGAGGCGUAUAAGCAAAUAGCAGUCGCUGGAGGUUUGCAAGCCCGCUUUUCUCUAUUGGCAUAUUUAGGAGUGGAGUAUCCCUUGGAAUUAGAGGCAUGGAAAGUGUUGCAAAACCAUAUAUUGGCUGAUUAUGUAAACAAUGAGGGACACGAGUUGACUUUGCGGGUUCUGUAUAGGUUAUUUGGAGAGGCAGAAGAGGAACACGAUUUCUUUACAUCUACGACUGCUGCUUCAGUAUAUGAGACAUUUCUUGUCACUGUGGCAGAAACACUUAGAGAUUCUUUUCCUCCAUCGGACAAGUCAUUGAGUAGAUUGCUUGGUGAAGCUCCUUAUCUACCAAAGUCAGUCAUAAACCUGUUGGAAUGCAUGUGCUCUCCUGGAAACAGUGAAAAUGCAGAUAAGGAUCUCCAAAGUGGUGAUCGUGUAACUCAAGGUCUUAGUGCAGUGUGGAGUUUAAUUUUAUUGAGACCCCCUAUCCGCGAUGUCUGCUUGAAAAUUGCCUUACAGAGCACUGUGCAUCUCUCUGAGGAAGUGAGGAUGAAGGCAAUUCGUCUGGUUGCUAACAAGCUUUAUCCUAUACCGUCCAUUUCUCAACGAAUAGAAGAUUUUUCUAAGGAGAUGCUGCUUUCUGCCAUUAGUGACCUUGUAACAGAUGCGACAGAUGCUGAUGGAUCAGUAUCAGAAUCACACAAGCAGGAUGUUCAUCCAGAAAAAUCUUUAAUUGAAUCUAGUGCCGUUAGUAAAGAUAUAUCCUCCGAUGCUUGUCCUUCAUCCAUUUCACAAGCUGACACAUCUCUUCCAAUCUCUGAGGCCCAGCGUCGGAUGUCCUUGUACUUUGCACUUUGCACAAAGAAGCACUCACUUUUUCGCCAAAUUUUUGUCAUGUAUAAAAAUGCCUCAAAAGCAAUUAAGCAGGCUGUUCAUGACCAUAUCCCAAUACUUGUCCGCACAAUGGGCUCAUCCUCAGAUCUUCUUGAAAUUCUUACUGAUCCUCCAAGUGGAAGUGAGAAUCUUGUAAUGCAGGUUUUGCAAAUUCUGACAGAUGGGAUUACUCCUUCGUCUGAGUUAGUUUUUACCGUAAGCAAGUUAUACAAUUCAAAACUAAAGGAUGUGGAGAUUAUGAUCCCUGUAUUACCAUAUCUACCAAAAGAGGAGGUCAUGAUGAUUUUCCCCCAGAUUGUGAAUCUUCCAGGUGACAAAUUCCAAGCAGCACUUCUGCGGAUAUUGCAGGGAUCAUCUCAGUCUGGGCCAGUUCUAAAUCCAGCUGAAGUUCUAAUUGCUAUUCAUGGAAUUGAUCCUGAUAGAGAUGGAAUUCCUCUCAAGAAGGUCACAGAUGCAUGCAAUGCUUGCUUUGAGCAGCGUCAAACUUUCACGCAGCAAAUCAUUGCAAAAGUUUUGAAUCAAUUGGUUGAGCAGAUUCCUCUUCCAUUAUUGUUCAUGCGCACGGUAUUGCAAGCCAUCGGCACUUUUCCAUCACUGGUAGAUUUUAUAAUGGAGAUUCUAUCUCGUCUUGUUGGCAAGCAGAUAUGGAAAUACCCCAAGUUAUGGGUAGGCUUCUUGAAGUGUGCACUCUUGACAAAGCCUCAAUCCUUUAAUGUGCUGCUUCAGGGUUUGAGGAUGCAUCUGAGGUCAUGGCUUGACUUAUGGGUCCCUGAUGGUUGGCCAGUCAUCCUCAGGGCAAAGCUUUGGACUACAGUAGGGGUAGGAGCCAUUCGGUGUGUGUAUGGGAUUCCUCACCUGAGUGGUCUGAAAUCAGAGAGAAAAAGAACUAACUACUAUUUUCCUUACCUUAGGGGAUUAGGCUGCGGUUCAUACUCCUGUCGUUUGCUUUCUGCCAAGUAUCCAUGUUUGGCUUGUUUAUUAACUUCUUGAUCCAUAUGACAAUCCUCACUCGAAUCCUCAGCAAAAACCUUGUAGGAGCAAGGUUCCUUGUAAGGGAUUCGAAGGAUGAUGCCAAAUCAAGUGAGGGACUUCCAUGUGAUGGACAAGCUAUGUGAAGAAGAUCGACUAAUUUUCUUAGUUGUUGCUCUGUUUCCCCUAUAAUGAUCAUCGAAAGCAAUGGGGAGUCUUUUGGUCUAUAGUUAUUGCUAUGGUGGAGAAGUUCCAGUUCAGGUGAGGUGGGUGGUUUUAUUCUGCCAUGGGAGGGGUGGAGAAGCGUAGUGUUCAUGAGGGAAGGAUGAAGGGGAGGGACGAGGGUGAAAGAGAACAGAUAGAUGCGAUACCGAUAGGGUUAUUUAUUGCUUUGAUAACAAAACACAAUUUCAUCCCAAAAGAAGAGCUAUAGAAAGAUUACCACCAUGAGGCAUGAGCGAAAAUACAUUUACAAGAAAAGCCUCCAGUUAUCAUUCAUAAGAAAGAAAUAUAGUUGCAAAAUGGCUUUCCCUUUAAAAGUUUGACAUCUGAACAAUUGGAAUAACGCGUUAAAUAUCCUGCACAAUACCCCGUCCAAAAUUAUUCAGCAGGUUGGCCCAGCAUUUAUUGAAAUAGGAAUAAAGAAAGAGAAUGUGGCAAUGAUCUUCGGCAGACUGGUAGAAAUUUUGAUCCCGCCAUCUAGUUAUUUUUUCAGGAAUAUAACCUUGCUUGAUAGGGUUACAGAGAAAUCUCUUUAGAGCUCAGGUUAAUUAAGUUUUUUCGAUCUGAGCGGGACUUAACUUCAAGCUCUUUCCAUUAAAGUUAAACAAGCUCUUUCCAUUAAAGUUAAACAAGCCUUUUCCAUUAAAAUUCAACUAGCCGACAGUCUUCGUCAUCUGAUCACCAAGAACUAUGGUCCUGCUUCCUAGCAUGACAAAGAAGUUAUGGUCCUGUGGACUGGGUUCAGAGCGCUUUUUUGAUUAUGAGUUUAGUUUAGUUGUUGAUUUUAGAUUAAUUAGUAUUUUUGAUUUAAUAGUUACUUGUUUUAUUCUUUCUGUAAGGCCAUAAAUAGCCACUAUUAGAAAUGUAAUGGGAGCUUUUAAAUACUAUUUUGAUAUAGAAUUUUGUUUUAAAGAGUGUUCUCUUAACCUUAGGGAUGGAUUUCCCUUGUUUAGCCAUGGAUUUGGCAUCAUCUCUAAUCUUUUGCAUCAUGGCCUUUCAUUAAAAACCAGCUUUUAUAGGUUUUGCAGAUUCUGGACAUUCAGGAGGAGCCUUAAGGUAGUGUUUUUCUCCAAUAUCCCUUUUAAAAGGACCUUAGGAAGUCCCCGAAAUCGAAGCUGGCUGGCACAGCGGUAAAAGAAGAGAGCCUUCGAGUAAAGAAUCUGCAAGGCCAAAUGGUUUUGGGAGGGGUUGAAAAUUUUAGUUUAUUUAUUCUAAGUGCCUCUUUCAAUUCCUUUUAUGGCAAGUUUAGAGGUCUCUUAAAGCCUUGAGGGAACUUAGACGAAACGUUCUCCCAUCUCCUUUUCUCUUGGAUGUUAUUAGUAGCUUGGUGGCUGAACCUUUGCGAACUGGAGUUCUUGAAGUCCUUCAAAUUGCUCUAAUGUUGUAGUUUGCUCUAGGAUAUUAAAGGAUGCUGCAGCAGUAGGACUAGGAGCAUGGUUCAAUAUUUGAGAUAUAUUGUAUCGAUCAUCGACGAAGUCUCUAAAAGGCUUCCAUCUAUUGUAACAAUGAUCUCGACUACAAAAACCUUGUAGGACUAGGACCAUUGGUUGAGACCUUCUAUAAAAGGUUGAUUUGACUAUAUAUUUAUAUGAUAUGAACUACAUUCUACAAA